GCUAUCAUUGAAUCUUGUGGAAUUAAGUAUUUUCUCCACAUUUUCGCUCGUAUUGGAUACGUUCCCGAAUGCUUAUAUUUUCACUUCACGAGGGUUUGCAUGGCCUUGAUUGCCACAGAUCCGUUCAUAUUUUCUGCGGGCCUAGCUCGCUAUUUGUGUUGGGGUUAACACUAUUUCAGGGUUUAUCUCAGAGUAAUCUCUUCCACGGCAGAAGUCAGACAGAGAGAGCAGACAGGAAGAUAUCUGAACGUACCAUUUUGAUGAUUACGUACACGCAAGGGGCGGGGACUUUCACGUUCGAACUGCGCCGCGCGAGUGUUGUGUUGCUAGCUGGGUGUAAACAGGUUUCGAUAAUUAUUCUAACUGCAAUGAAUAAUAUACGGAUUAAUGUAACAAAUACUCAAUAGCUUUAAGGGUUUUCUUCAAAAAUGCCUAUUCGUGCCUACUGUACCAUCUGUUCAGAUUUCUUCGAUCACUCAAGAGAUGUGGCUGCCAUCCACUGUGGGCACACCUUCCACUAUGAAUGUCUUCUUCAGUGGUUUCAGACUGCCCCCAACAAGACAUGUCCACAAUGUAGAAAACAGGUUAGCACCAGACACAUUAUCAACAAGUUGUUCUUUGACAUUGGUGGUGAAGGAGAGGGAUCCUCUGCAGAUCCAGAGUGUUUGCAGAACGAGCUCGAUAGAAUGAAAGCUGUUUUAAGUACCAAAGAGAGAGACUGGAGGGACAGACUGAAGAUGCUAGAGGGCUUGAAGGAGACUGUGGACAGGCAGAAGAAAGACCUGGACAGUGUUAGGAAGGAGAUUGGCGAGAAAGAGAUGCUCUGCUCAGUUCUCAGGAAACAGAUGAAAUACCUGGAGAACCAGCAGAGUGAGACUCAGGCUGCUAAGGAGGAGGCCCGACGACUCAGGACCAAAAUGAAAACAUAUGAGAGUCUGGAUGUGGUGUUACAGGGUCAGAGGGCUGAGGUGGAAUCCAUGAUCAGUGACAUGGGUGUUGGCCAGGCUGCCGUGGAGCAGCUCUCCAUCUUCUGCAUCUCUCUCAAGAAAGAGUAUGAAAACCUAAAAGGGAGCCUCCGAUAUUCAAAUGAAAUGUCUGAAAAGCUCAAAAGGGAGGUAUUUGCUUCAAACAACAAGUUGCAGAAAGCCACAAUGGAGAUGAACAGGACCAAUGAUGACCUGAAAGCUGUCCAAAAUGACUUGACCAACGCAGACAAAGAGAUCACUAGUCUGAAGAAAAAAGUAGAGAUUCUUCAAAAGACCCUGAGCACACCAACCCGCACUAACGAAGCCUUGAGCCGACUAGUCUUUGAGAGCCCUGCCCCAGUGGAGCUGCAACAGCCCCGUCUCCACCAGCCUGCCAACAGUGAGGACAUUGACCUUAACAUGACCUUUGACAUCACCACACCUGACCUGGUGGAUAAGAGGGCGUCACAGGUCCCAUCCAAAAAGAUGCGUCUGGAUCCAGCCACGUUGUCGUCCUCGCCAACCAAACACCGUGACAGCGCCUCGUUGGGAAGCAAGGCCAGAGAGGAGGCAGCGCCAAUGGGUACAUUCUUCCGUAAUUCCAUUCUGUUCAGGAAGAAGACCUUUGGCAGCAUGCUGGACCCCCAGAGGAGUAAACUGGGAGCUGUCAGAAGUGGUUAUGAUGGACUUGGAGGGAGAACCAAAUUCUUCCAACCUUCUCCUUUGUCAGAUAUUCGCCCGCUUACGAUGAAGGCAAAGAGAAAAAAGGUUUCCCGACCAGCUCCUCCCAAGAUCCCCACCUGUCUUACUCUGGACAGUUUUCUGGAGUGACCUAUGACCUGUCCAUCCGAUUAAUACAGACGUGUCAGAUGCACCUCUGACAGUAGGGGCCAGCCGGUCUGGAACAAUAGAGAGAGGAGCAACCUGAAUAGGUUUACCGGUCAAGUAAAAGGACUAUGGUCUACUUUGGUUUGCGCUUCUUACUUGAGGGCUUGCUCCAAGCUUUGGGCAUGAAUGGGAACAGCAGAUGGUUUGGUGUAGAAUAUUUGUUUUGGUGUAUUGAGACUUCUUUUGUCUCAUCAUGAAACUCUGUCUGUGUGUAGUAAUCUUGUUUUGAGAUGUUUCAUCUAAUUGUAAUUAAGUGUGCGGUACAGAGUUAUUCUGGGAACUUUCCUGCAUUAUGAGCAUCUGUGAAAUGUCAGCCAUUUGACUGUUGCACAUUACAAAAAACCUCUCUUUCGCACUUGAACAUUUGUUUUACUAACACUGUCUGAAUAUUGUAAUACAGCACUGUAUUGAAUAUUUGUUUUCCACUUCCCCAGAACAUCAUCCUCUUGUUUUUAGUGCUAUUUAUUUUAGAUACAUACUUUUACUUGUGAUUAUUGCGUAAGAUCUCUUAUGUUUGUGAAAUAAUAAACUAUAGUUUCCUUAA